AUGCCCUGCACCCCCGCCAUCGCCACCAUGUCCGUCGGCCGGGCCUGGGUCCACCCCCUCCCCGCGAAACUGACCCAAAUCGCCGCCGCCGGCUUCCAGGGGGUGGAGCUCUUCUACGAGGACCUGGAAUACCUCGCGCGCGAGCACAGCCCGUCCGACGCCGAACCCAGCGAAUCCAGCCUCCUCGCCGCCGCCCAGACGACCAAAGACCUCUGCGCCGGCCUCAACCUGCAAAUCAUCAGCCUGCAGCCCUUCCUCUUCUACGAAGGCCUCAUCGACCGCGCCGCGCACGCGCAGCGCCUCACCAAGCUGCGCACCUGGUUCCGCCUCGCCCACACCCUCGGCACCGACCUCAUCCAGAUCCCAUCCAACUUCCUCCCCGCGACCGAGACGACCGGCCAUCUCGACCGCAUCGUCGCCGACAUGGUCGAGCUCGCCGAGCUCGGCCUGCAGCAACGGCCGGUGAUCCGCUUCGCGUACGAGAACCUCGCGUGGGGCACCCACGUCGCCACGUGGGAGACGCUGUGGACGGUGGUGGAGCGCGUCAACCGCCCGAAUUUCGGGGCGUGCCUGGAUACCUUCAACAUCGCGGGGCGCGUGUGGGCGGAUCCGGCGGCGGAGUCCGGGACCGUGGCGGGCGAUGCGGAUGCGGUGCUGGCGGAGUCGUUGGCCCGGCUGGUGCGCACGGUCGAUGUCCGGAAGGUGUUUUAUGUGCAGGUCGUCGAUGCGGAGCGGUUGGCGGCGCCGCUGCGGGGCGAGGGCCAUCCGUUCUUUGUGGCGGGCCAGCCGGCGCGCAUGAGCUGGAGUCGCAAUGCGCGGUUGUUUCUGUAUGAGCAGGACCGGGGCGGGUAUCUGCCGGUGGUGGAGGUGGCGCGGGCGUUUUUGGCCGGCCUGAAGUUCGAGGGGUGGGUGUCCAUGGAGCUGUUCGCGCGGUCGUUGGCCGAGGCGGAUCCGGCGGUGCCGCGCGAGCAUGCGCGGAGGGGGUGGCGGGCGUGGGAGUUGUUGCGGGAGGAGUUGGGCUUGUAG